UUCUCAGUCUCACUCGCAGUCGCAGUCGCAGUACCAGGCCAGCAUAUCGAGAGAACAAUAAUACGUAUUUUUCAGUACCAUACUCGUAGCGCGAGUCCAACUUCCCAGCCGAUUGGGUGCAAAUUAAAACAACGCAUUUUCCAUUCCCGAAUCUAGUGCUUGUGUGUUUAUAAUUUGUGAAAAUUUGUGUGUACCGCUUGAAGGGUAAAACCGCUUACGAAACGAGAUCGUGUGCAAACAAAAGAAGCAACUAAAUAACUAAAAAAAAAAGGACGGUGCCAGGCUAAUAUUACAGAUAUUUUUUUUGGCACGCAACAACAACAAUAAUUGUCUGGACCCAGCAACUAGAAAAUUCGUACACAUCGAUCAGCUUUUGCCACCGCUCGGCGAGACAAGCAGCUAUAACUACAGAUACAGAUACAGAUAGAGAUAGAGACAGAGAUCGCCUGGUGCCUCGAAACGCUCGUCAUCAAGAGUCGAGCAAACGAAAAAUCAAGUCAAAUAUAUUGAAGAACAUUUUAGAAACUUUUUCAAGCAACCGUAAAGAGAGCUCUGCGCUUUAGCAUACAAUGGCCCAACCACAAUUGCUGCAAAUCAAAUUAUCACGUUUCGAUGCCCAACCCUGGGGUUUUCGCUUGCAGGGCGGUGUGGAUUUUGCCCAGCCCUUGCUAGUGCAAAAGGUCAAUGCGGGCAGCUUGUCUGAGCAGGCUGGCCUGCAGCCGGGCGAUGCAGUCAUCAAGAUCAAUGACGUUGAUGUCUUCAAUUUCCGGCACAAGGAUGCACAGGACAUAGUUGUGCGCUCGGGUAAUAACUUUGUCAUUACAGUGCAGCGCGGCGGGUCGACUUGGCGCCCCCACGUGCAACCCACCGGCAAUCUGCCGCAACCGAACUCCCCAUAUUUGCAGACAGUGACGAAAACUUCUCUGGCUCACCAACAACAGGAUAGCCAACAUAUUGGCUGUGGCUACAACAACUCGGCGCGUCCAUUUACCAACGGCGGCGAUGGCGGCGUGAAGAGCAUUGUCAAUAAUCAAUACAACACCCCCGUUGGCAUUUACAGCGAUGAAUCUAUUGCGGAAACACUUUCGGCCCAGGCGGAGGUUUUGGCCGGUGGUGUGUUGGGCGUGAACUUCAAGAAAAACGAAAAGGAAUACCAGCCCGAUCGUUCGGAGGUGUUGAAGUUCUUGCGCGAGGAGGAGACUGGCCAAUCGACUCCAGCAUUCAACAAUUAUCAACAAGAUACACAGCAGCAACAAUAUCAGCAGCAACAACACCAGCAACAACACCAGCAACAACACCAGCAUCAACAUCAACACCAACAUUAUCAGCAACAACAGCAAUACCAACAACCACAACCACAACAACAACAAUCAAGCACGCGACAUGUUAGCGCGCCCGUAAAUACCCCCAAGCCCCCAAGCACUGGCGGACUACCAACUGGUCAAAACAUUUGCACUGAGUGCGAACGCCUCAUUACUGGCGUGUUUGUGCGCAUCAAGGACAAGAACCUGCAUGUCGAGUGCUUCAAGUGCGCCACUUGUGGAACCUCCUUGAAGAACCAGGGCUACUAUAACUUCAACAACAAGCUGUAUUGCGAUAUCCACGCCAGACAGGCAGCGCAGAACAAUCCACCACCUGGCACCGACGGCUAUGUGCCUGUGCCCAUUAAACCGAACACCAAGCUGAGCGCCAACACCAUUUCAUCGGCCUUGAAUGCUCAUGGCUAUGGCAGUAACGGAUAUGCUAAUGGCAGCUCGACGCCAACACCAGCGCCGCAAUCGCCUGAGCAUAGCAAUGAGCUGCCCCUGCCACCGCCCCCCUCACCCACACAGCUGCUGCAAUACGAGACCGAGUAUCAGCUGAUGGAGGACGCACAGAUGCCACAGCAUCAUCAGAAACAACAACAACAACAACACCAACAGCAACAGGCUCAGGCCUUGAACAAACACACACGCACAAACAGCAGCCUCUCAUCAAUUUCGAGCGGCUCGAACACAUCGUCGUCUGGCGUGGGCGGCAGCGGUAGUGGUGUGGGCUCCAUUGAGGUCGGACAGCACAGUCUGGCCGCCUCCAGUGCAUCCACACUGUCGCUGGAUCUCUAUGGUGGCUCGCCCAUGCAUUCGCGUCAAACGUCAGCGUCGUCAACAUCGCUGGAUGUGGCGACCGUUCUGCCGGGACCUGGCGAUAAUUACGUGGCUGUGUCAACAACGCCACCACCACCACCGCCGCCACCACCCAUGGCAAUGCCAAUGUCAGCCAAACAACAGCAACAACAACAACUGCAACACGUGGCUCGGCGGCAGCAACAGCCACAGCUACCACUACAGAAUGAGAAUGACAUGAACACGCAAAACAAGAACCAUAAUGCGUAUAAUAAAUUGCUUAAAGAGUAUUCCAAUAAGCUGCAGCAGCAGUCCACUUUACAGAGCACACACACGCACACAGACACAGACACAGACACUCCCGCCAACAUAAACCUGACACAGAAUAGCAAUGGCAUCAACAACAACAACAACAACAUCAUUAUCGCAAAUAGCAAGAACAAUACGGCGAAGCCAUUCGCAGCUACAUUGGCCGCACACCCACAGCAGACGCACGUGGCUGCGCUGUCGGCAACUCUUGCUAAUCAAUUGAAAUUUAAUUCACAUCAGGUUGCAAAUCCCCUAGCAACGACAAUAACAACAGCAACUACAAAAUCCGCAGCGACAGCAGCGGCGACAGCAGCAGCAACAGUCGUUAAUACAAACAAGAGCAGUACAAGCAACAGCAAUAUGUCAGCAUUGGCCAACGUGGCGGAUGAGCAAUCAAUUUAUGGCCAAAUCAAUACCAGUGCGCCGCUUGCUGCGCCACCCACAGCUCAGUCAACAGUGACUGGAAUUUCGACGGCUGGUGGUGCUAGCUCUAGCGACCAGCCCUUUGAAUAUGUCACCUUGACUGGGAAUGUGAUUCGCAGCGUGCAGCCGCCUGGCAAGGGUGCAAACCUCAACUACAGGGUCAAUCAGGGCUAUGCACGUCCCUAUGGUGCCGCUGGUGGUCCACCAGCUGGUGCGCCCAAGUCGCCAGUCUCGUAUCCACCGCAACAGCAGCAGCAAUCGCCGCGCCCAGCAGCCGGCAAUCCCUAUGCCACCUUGCCGAGAACCAAUGUUGGCCAACAAGGUCGCAAUGUACAAAGUUACAACAUCAGCAACAACACCAGACAACAACAACAACAACAGCAACACCAAUACCAACAGCAUCAGCAGCAACAACAACAAAAACAGCAAUAUAGAAAUUCAUACCCUAGUGGAGCAAACAAUAAAUAUUCUACUCUGCCCAAUUAUCAUACUCAGUCCUAUAACAACAACAGCAACAAUAGCUACAGCACCAGCACCAACAACAAUAAUAUUUAUAAUCGAGAAUCUGAGCAGGAGGAGCUGCAACCAGAAUUUGCAGAGGAAUGUUACGAGGAGGAUAUUGAAGUGGCCCUGGCAGCUAGUCGUCAGUCGCAAUGCCGCUCGAGUUUCGCUUGGCCACCUCCGAAGGACGAGAGCCAUGAUGCGCCCACAGCGGCCCCGCUUUACAUUGCACCACCGGAAACGCAGCAUGUUGUGGUUUCGCGUCCGGUGCAGCAGGUACCACCGUUGCCACCGGGAAGUGCUACUACGCGCCUCGAUCCGCAGCCAUCAGCGCCGGGGGGGCCACAAUGGCAAAGCUACUCGGCGCCUCAGUUGGGCGGUCCGGUGCAGGUGGAACCUCCAGCCAUCGAGCAGGAGUCGAGCUCAGAUAGCUAUACUUCGACGUCGACAACGACGACUACCACAUCCGAGGAGUACCAGCGUAUGUAUGCUGCCCAAGUGCAGGCCUAUCAGCUACAGCAGGCCUACGAACAAUCGGGUUCCGAGUUCGAUUAUCAGCUGGACUACGGCAGCUCCCAGGACGUGCACGAGAGCGCCUCUGGCAGGCGCAGUGCACAAGAAUGCGUAGAUUCGUUGUCUGCGCCUCUUAGCACUUACAAGCUAAUCGAUAUGGUACGGGAGGUCACUCCAAGUCCAGUGCCGACCCCGGCUCCAGCUCCCUCCACUACAGCACCACGUCACGUGGUAUUUAACGAAGAACCCGAGAUUAAGGAACUGCCAAAGCUACCCACUGAGUUGGAAACCAUACCCGAAUCCAUUGAGUGGUCCGAGAAUUCAGAAGCAACGGAACAAAUUCAAGGUGAAAUUGAAGAUCAGGAGGGCCUGAUUAUUGAUAGGCGCUGCCAAAUACUCGAGAGUCAGCGCAUGUUUCAGCCCACCCCAGAAAUAAAGUUUGACAUUGCGCCAGUUCGUCAAAUACCACCCACCAAAAUACCGAAUCCCAUGCCCAAAGAGUGGAUAAAUCCCAUGAUUCGAGUGCUGACCACCGCUCCGGAUGUGCCUUUCCAUCUUGUCGAGUGUCCGUUUCCGAAGCCAUGUGAUGAUAAUUUUGAGGCCGAGGCAGCGGAAGCAGCAGAAGCGGAGGCAAAGGCACAAGUAGCUUCUAGAAGGUCAACUUUAUCUGCUGCACCACCCACGGUAGACUCAACUAGCCAGUUAGGUUCGGCGCCUGAUGUGCUGCGUGAGUCGCCCCCGUCCGGUAGUCGCCUCACGAAGGCUAUGGUAACGGCACCCGAAUUCGAGAUGCGCUUUGCUCCUCCAGCCGCACAGGGCGUGCCCUUGCCCGAGGAAACGGAACCUUACAUGCCGCCACCCAUUGAUAUGAAACCGUACCUUCGCGAGGACUACCGACCCAAGUCGCCUUUCGUCAGCGCACUGACCAUAGCGCCAGACGUACCCUUCGAGGGGCACUUUGAUCGUGAUGUCCCUAUCCACCUCAUUGACUUACCCACUCCCAAGGAGCACUUAAGUAUGUGCGAUGCCUUGUGCACAGCUCCAGAUCGUGGAUAUACUCCACUGAAUCCCGAAAAUGCAACACAACGGUUGGAUGAGGAACAGCGGGAAAAAGAAAAGAAAAAAUAUGAGUUUCAGGUUCUUGAUCACGAGGAAGAGUUGGGAAUAAAACCACUGUGCGAGCCACCAGAGUCAGUUGAAUAUUUUACGACCGAAAAGCGGCGGGACUCGCAACGAAAAUCAUCGGCAUUCGCGGCCAUGCAAGCAUUCCAGCCAUCGCGUGAGCCACUAUCGUCUGCUGGUACUAAUGGCAAUGGUCCCACCACCACACCACGUGCCUCUAUAAUAUCUCUGAGUAAAGAGCAGACUGACCUUGAGUUUCAGAAAUAUUGUAAGGCGCAAGAAAGAAAUCAGAAGCGACUUGACUAUUUCCAUAAGAAAGAAGAGGAGCUGCAGCAGCAGCUGUUGCAACAUCAGCCACAACAACAACCACAGCAACAACAACCACAGCAACAACAGCCACAGCAACAACAGCCACAGCAACAACAACCACAGCAACAGCAACCACAGCAAAAACAACCACAGCAACAACAACCACCCCAGCAACAACCACAACCACUGAUACUCACGACCACUAAUACACGCCAGGCGACUGCAACCUCGUUAGCUUCCCAAUGCAAUACCAAUGCAACAGCUUCCUCUAACUCCUCUUCCACAGUCCACCAAUCGUCCAACAACAACAACAACAACAUCAACACGUCCACCUCCUCUAGCACGCCCUCAGCUUACAUCGCUACUGCAACUCAGGCCACCAACAGCUUCCUUUCUGCCGCUUCUGCUACUGGCUCCACAUCUGUAAAUACUGUACAUACCGCCACCAAAAUCGAUGCUCACCAACUAAUCGAAGAAACUGCCGAAGAGCUCGAACACUCCGAGGUACUCUUUCCGCCACCAUCCCCACUUAGCCACUUGAAAGGCAAGACCGUACAGUCUGGCUUGCAUAAGGCGGACACUAUACCAAAAUAUCAGCGCAAUUGGACAUCCCUGCCUACGCAGAGCCCCAUACGCACACCCGAACCACAAGAGCUGCGCGACAAUGUGCCACUAGCUUUUGUAGAUGCACCAAAGGUUGCUGAUGGCACUGGCAAUAUCGGCAACCAAAAUAACACUGUACAUAGACCCAUUGCACAGGUGUCUAAGCCCAAUGUACCAACCGUAGCUGCUGCGGCGCGCGGCUCCUUGGCCAGCGUAGACAGCGUCCAAAGCCAAUACAAGUUACAAGUGCCGCAGCAGCCUUCGGUUCCCAUUAUUAUAGAAGACCGUAGUGGUCCAGUAACCAUGGCUUUUCAAUCGCUAGAUGAAUAUGAACGACCCGACCAGUCGCAGACUCCUACGCGCCCCUUCACUCCUUCGCUGAUCAACAAGCCGGCUCCGAUCAUACCGUUCUACCAGACGCCGGAGAAACUCUGUUUCGACGAAUGUCCGGCCACUCAUGCGCGUGAAUAUGACCAACGCGCUGCUUCUCCGUUUCCGGAUCGCGCUCGUUCUCCAGCACCAGGGCCCCCACCCAAUCCAUUAUCUGCCAUUCGUGCACCUCGAAUGAAGGAACCAGAGUCUGCGCUGCUCACUCCUCCCCGUUUGCAGACGGGCUCAAUUACCACCGGUCAGAGUUAUCUUGGCGCUCAACAGCAACAGCAGCAGCAGGCUCAGAUAAUUUCCCACUCGCAGCUCAGUGCGCAGUCAGCUAGUCAGGAGUAUACGCAGCAGCCGGAGAUACUGACAGAGCGUAAGGUGGCAGACCUGACCAUACAACAGCGCGAGCAAUCCUCGCGUCUGCAGCAACAGCAGCAGUCUCAGAUGGCGAGCCAGACAAAGACACAGAUUGGAAAUACGCAAAUAGAGCGACGUCACAAGGUCGUGGAGGAGUUUGAGCGAACACAGAGUGCCAAGACCAUCGAGAUACGCACGGGCUCACAAUCGCAGACGCAGAUAAAGGCGCAGUCACAAUCGCAGUCACAGUCGCAGCUACAGUCGCAGUCACAAUUGAAAUCGCAAGCAAUAGUCCAAGCUCAAUCCGAGUCUACGGAACGACGUUCGUCAUAUGGCCGCACUGGCUAUGUGGCCGAUCAGGCAAGACGUCUCUCUGGCCUAGAGCAGGAGAUCAGCAAUUUGACUUCGCAAUCGCAGGCGAUCAGUGCGAGGGCUGCUACUUUGGGCAGCAGCUCGACAGGCUUUCCACGUUCCCCAACCUUUGACACCAAGUUCCCGAUUAAGCCGGAAACUUCAGCAUCUGAUAAAUUUGAAUCGACCUGCCCGGGCUAUGUGGCUGUUGCGCCACCUGUCAACAAACUAGUUGGCCCGCCUCCAGGCUUCAUUUUGCAACUCCAACAGCAGCAGAAAUCUGCCUUUACAGCUCAUGAGGCAACUGUGGUUGCUAAACAGCAGCAACAGCAGCAGCAACAGCAACAGGAGGAAAGCAACAGGAACAUAUUUUCGAGCAUUCCUAGGGUGAAUACGAAUGCUACCAAAUCAUUGCUCCAAUCAUCGUCCUUGACAUCGUCAUCAGCAUCAACGGCUCAAGCCAGUCUAACCAAAGCUUCUGCUAUUACUACCACCACUAAUAAUCGAGCUAGUGCUGCUAGCUCGGGCAGGCAGCCACAAUUGUCACAGUUGCCAAGUAGCAUUCAGCGUAAUGGCAAUAACAAAGCUGGCAAUGGCAAUAAUAAUGCUGGCUAUCGGCCAAACGCUUCCAUCGCAGGUGCCAAGCCUUCAACUACAAGUGUGACAGCAACAAACGCUUCUGCAGCGCCCGCAUCCGCGCCAGUCGCUUUUCCGCCCAACCUGAGCGACUUAAAUUCUAAUGUUGAUGGUUCCACAGGUGCUGGAGGUAAAGGUGGCGCCUUUGGUGCAACCUCGGCGCCCAAGCGCGGGCGCGGCAUUCUCAACAAGGCCGCCGCACCGGGAGUGCGCAUCCCACUGUGCAACAGUUGCAACGUGCAGAUCAGAGGACCCUUCAUCACGGCUUUGGGUCGCAUCUGGUGUCCGGAUCACUUCGUUUGCGUGAACGGCAACUGCCGCCGUCCAUUGCAGGACAUCGGCUUUGUUGAGGAGAAGGGCGAUCUGUAUUGCGAAUACUGCUUCGAGAAGUACUUGGCACCCACCUGCAGCAAGUGCGCUGGCAAGAUAAAGGGUGAUUGCUUGAAUGCCAUUGGCAAGCACUUCCAUCCUGAGUGCUUUACUUGCGGCCAGUGCGGCAAGGUCUUUGGUAACACACCGUUCUUCUUAGAGGAUGGUAAUGCAUACUGCGAGGCCGAUUGGAAUGAACUUUUUACUACCAAAUGCUUCGCUUGCGGCUUCCCUGUCGAGGCAGGAGAUAGAUGGGUGGAGGCUUUAAACCACAACUACCAUAGCCAAUGCUUCAACUGCACUUACUGCAAACAGAACUUGGAGGGCCAGAGCUUUUACAACAAAGGCGGCCGUCCCUUCUGCAAGAACCACGCGCGCUAAGUGCGCUCAUAAGGCACCCUUUACAACUCUCUCGAUUUCAGGGAUCACGCAUACUAACCAACUGGCAAACGGCAGAAGAAAGCAACUUCUGACAGCGCGUUCUCAACUUAACUUCAUAUGUAACGUAUAGCUUAUUAUUGCAAUUAUCAACGCUAAUAAUGCUUAAUCAUUAUUAUUUCUAUUUGUUUUAAAAUGUGCACACGAGCACGAAUGAAUGUUAUCCUAUUUUUAAAUGAGUAAACUAUCCGCAAGCAAGCAGAAACCGCAAACGAAACGAAUUCGAUAUAGCAAAUUAUCUUUUGUCCACCACAUAAGAAUAAAGAAACUAAUAAUUCAUGAGCACACACAUUGUCGAUGUUCGUAAGCCAUAUAUAUCUUAUAAUUUUACAAAUUUUAUUUAGUCCGAAAAAAGGACAGAAGCAAUUACGCGAGGUAUUUUCAGAACGGUGGCCAAUAAAUUAAAUAAAAUAAUUUGUACACAGUCAACAGUCAGUCGAGAACGACUUAACUUUAACUUCAAUUCAUAUGUCUUCAAAUUUUGUGUUGUAAACUAAAAUGAGAUUUGUAAAAAUUGGUUUUAAAUGGAAAAAGAAAUCAUAAGAAAAUAAAUUUUCGAAAUCUUUAUCGCGUUUAACUUGAA